AGUGAGAGAAAAAAAGAGAGAGAGAGUGAGAGAGAGAGCAAAGCAGAGAGAGAUCAGAGCGUGUCCCGGAGAAGUCGGAAAACUCGCACUGAGAAGACCUGCAGCCAUCUCUGCUUCUGGGAGGUUUAUGGGACACGGGACCACAGUGAAGAAGGCGGGCCGUACAGGAGGGAGAGGAAAUCACAGGGGCUGAUAAGUAGGGUCCAGUUUGUCUCCAUCUCUCUCUCCGUCAGCUCUCUCGUUCAGCAUGGAGCCCAACAGCCCUAAGAAAAUUCAGUUUGCCGUUCCACUCUUCCAAAGCCAGUUGGAUCCCCAGGCAGCCGAGCACAUUCGCAAACGCAGACCUACUCCAGCCACAUUGGUCAUCUACAAUGAGCCCAGUGCAUCAGGAGAUGACAAGCAGACUUCAAGCAAUCAAACAGAGGCCCAGAGUGCCCAGCUGUCUCCAGCCCAGAGGAAACAGAGUGUCUACACGCCACCGACCAUGAGAGAGCUGCAGCUGGUGGUGGAGCAGCACUUUCAGAGGCAGGAGCAGCAGGAGGCGGGGCUCUCUGACAGCCCAGACACGCCCAGUCCAAUCACAGCACAGCAUUUUGCCAACGAAGCUCAGUGGGCCAAUCACAGCAGCUCAGAGCCCAAUGGCAAUGAGUCUUAUGUCAGUACUGAGGUGCAGCCAGGCAGCAGUGGGGCUGGGGGAGAAACAGCAGAAACCUCAGGGAGUGAGCAGAAAAACUUGAGCAGUCCUUCAUCUGUCUCUCGAUAGCCGUAAUAAUGUACCCGGCACACCGUAGACCCUUCCUAAACAUUUACUGUCCCCUCCACUCUUUGGACUCUGAAUAAGAAGAUAUGCUUUCUCUAAAUACACGCAUUGUACUUUCUCACCUCUUUCUAAGUUCACUACCGGUGAUGACUUCCUUUAAUCAGUUUUAUUUGUGUGAAAUGUAAUGCUUGUUCUUCACUCUGAAAUCUGUACUGAAAUGAUUUGUCCUGUUUGUUUUUCUAUUUGAUAAAAUGGCAUUUGAAAUAUUUCCAAUAUGUAUAUCUGUGGCAUCAGAAAUACGGGCAGCAUAUUUUUGGCACUUUCAGAUUAGUUGUAAUAAUUUCUUUAUGGGUAUGGAUUUACUUGUGAAGUAGAGACAAUGAAAUAAACUUUUUUGGAGCUUGAAAUAAAAAAAAAAACAAGGAAUGAUGUAAAUAAUUUUGAGUAAGUGAUGUUUAUCUAAUGUUACUGUCAUUUUGGUUUUUCAUCUAAUACUUCCAAAAUGUAUGGAAGCCUGUUUCCACCACUGAAUAAAAAAAAAUGGUAUUGUGACUUUUUAUCUCACAAUUCUGAAUUUUUUCCUCAGAACUGCGCAACACAAACUUGGAAUUCUGACUUUUUCUCACAUUUGCGAGUUUAUAUCUCACAAUUCUGACUUUUUUUCUCACGACUCUGACUUUUUCUCAGAAUUGUGAGGUAUAAACUCGCAACUGCGAGUUAUAGAGUCAGAUUUGUGACUUUAUUUCUCCAAAUGUCACAAUUGCGAGUUUAAAUCAUGCAAUUCUGUGGAAAAAAAAGUCUGAAUUCCAAGUUUAUACCCCACAAUUCUGACUUUAUUUCUCAGAAUUUUGCAAUUGCGAGUUUAAGUCACGUAAUUCUGACUUUAUAUCUCAGAAUUGUGACUUUAUUUCUCAGCAUUUCGCAAUUGUAAGUUCAAAUCACACAAUUCAAAAAAAAAAAAAAAAAAAAAAAGUUUAUAUCUCACAAUUCUGACUUUUUUUUCUCAGAAUUGUCUUUAUUUCUUAGAAUUUCGCAAUUGCGAGUUCAAAUCACGCAAUACGGAGAAAAAAAGUCAGAAUUCCGAGUUUAUACCUCACAAUUCUGACUUAAUAACUUGCAGUUGCAAGUUUAUAUUUCACAAUUGCAAAAUUGUAUCACGAAAUUCUCAGAAAAAAGAAUUGCGUGAUACAAACUCGGAAUGCAGACUUUUUUUAUGUGAGACAUAAACUCAGUUUGUCCGAAAAAAUGUCAGAAUUGUAAAAAAAAAAGUCGCAAUUAUCUUUUUACAUUUUUUUAUUCAGUUGUGGAAACAAGCUUCCAUAAAAAUGUCUCGGUCUUAGAUAAGUAAAUGAAAAUGGAAUAGAGCGCUGCAGUGAUGAAAUAGUUUUGCAGGUAUAUUUUUAAGUUAGCAUCACUCUGGUUCCUUCAACAAAAACCCUAUAGGAUUUUUCCUCUGGAUUUUGUAUUAUUGCAGUUCUGUGAACAACUAAAGUUUAUUAUUCUUACAUGAUUUGUUCAUCAUGAUAGUUUUCACAAAUGAACAAAACUUUUUGAAGCUUAAAAGAAAAGGCCAGUAGUAAAAAUCUAAAUGUAGACUAUAAACGACACCAACCCCAAUCUUUAUUUUACAAAAAAAUAAUUUCAUUUUAUAUCCCUGACAACCUCAGUAGUUCUGAUUAUUCACUUGUUUGCAACCAGCAUUUUCAAGACAAAAAAAAUCACAAGUAGGUAUUACUGAUGUGUUUUAUGUUGUAGAAUUAAACUUUAUUUAGAAUUAAAUACCUUAUUUUAGCCAAGUAAAAAUGUGAACCUAUUUUCAGGUUUAGACCCAUAAAAAAUGUCAUCUCUGCAGCACACUAUGCCUUAUUUAUGCCAUAAGAUAUGUAAUGAGGCUUAAAUGUGAAGUAUGUCAUUUCUGUGCAAACUAGCAGCACCAAACCAGAUUAUUUUCUCUGUGGAAACAGAAGAAAAAAAAUCACCUUAUUCAAUAUGGCGUCCUGAUUUUCAGGCAGCAUUUUAAUAAAGGCAUCGCUUGUUUUUAACUUUAAAACAGGGCUAUUUAAAAUGUAAUGCUUGUUGUCAGAUUUUAUUGCUGAUUUGAAAAUAUGUCAUUAGGAAUCUGGAAAUGCUGGGCUUUCCCCGUUAAAGAAGAUAUAAGCAAUAACUUUGUAAUGCACUUGCACAUUAAUAAAAUAGACAAAGUCGGUCAACAAGCUUUUAUGUCAAGAUAAAAAAUUAAACUUGUGAAAAGUGAUUAAUGCUGCAGGUGUGUUUGCUCAAAAAUACCAUGCUUUAUAAAAAAAAGAGCUUAUUGUAACCUCCUAAACGGUCUCUUUUCCAUCCAUAAUCGCAAUCAUCGCAAACUAACUUUGUCUAUUCAACUGGAACUAGAUGGGUAAGUCAGGUCACACUGGGACAGGUGCAUGCUAGGACUCACGCUGUGUUCGUC